AUGCACCGGCGCAUUCACACCGGAGAGAAACCGUAUUACUGCCUGGACUGUGGGGUGAAUUUCGCUCAUCACGGUACUCUACGCCAGCACCAGCGCGUUCACCGCGGAGAGAGACCGUAUAACUGCUCAGACUGCGGGAAGAAUUUUACUCAGCAGUCUCAUCUCAAAACUCACCGGCGCGUUCACACUGGAGAGAAACCGUAUCAGUGCCCGGACUGCGGGAAGAGAUUUAAUCAAACGAGUCACCUCAAAGUGCACAAGCGCAUUCACACCGGAGCGAAACCGUAUCGCUGCCCGGACUGCGGGAAGAGAUUUAAUAACCACAGUUCUCUCAUCGUACACCUCCGCAUUCACACUGGAGAGAAACCGUAUGAGUGCUCAUUCUGCGACAAGACGUUUAAUCAGUCGAGUUCUCUCAGAAUUCACCACCGCCUUCACACAGGAGUAAAACCAUAUCACUGCUUUGCGUGCGAGAGGAGCUUCAGUAAUUCAAGUUCGUUUAAGAGACACACGUGCAUUAAGAAGUCAACGAAAACGUGA